AUGUUCUACAGCCAUGAAAUUCUCACCUCUCGAAAACAUGGUAUUGCAACGGUAUGGCUUGUUGCGACCCUAGGUAGUAAAUCAUCGACUAAGAAAAUCACCCGGAAAGCCAUCCUCGAUGUUGACGUCAAGAAAGCCUGCAAUACAAUCAUCGAGCCUGAUGCUCCUAUGGCAUUACGUCUACAGAGUAAUCUUUUGUAUGGCGUUUCAAGAGUUUAUGGUCAACAGGUUGGGUACGUCUUGAGUGAUACUAUUCAUGUUGAGCAGAACUUGAGGGGACUUGGAAAAAAGUUAAUCGGGAGCUUGGAUUUGGAAACUGUUAAGGUCAAACCAGCUCAAUUGAUGCUCGUGGAUGAUCCUGCAUUUGAUCCAGAUCUUGCACUUCCAGAAUUACUUCCAGAUUACAAUUUUGACAUUGGUGGCCAGCAGUCGCAAAAUCGGGAUUCCCAAGUUUCAUUAUCGAUUCACUCACAACGCGGACGAGGUGCGGGUGGCUACCAGCUUCCUCUGAACGAUCCAUUUGUAAAGUCUUCCGCGCUGAAAUCGGGUACUCGGAGAGAUGAACUUGACGACGAAGCUAUCUUAUUCGAAGACAAUGAACUUUUUGAAUUUGAUCAGGACGGGGAAAUGAGAGAUCUGACCGCUCAAGAUAUCGCCGCUCGACGGGCAGCAAAUUCAAGUGUAGCCCCGAGGUUUGGUAACGAAUCGGCUGCGAGUGCAAGAGUUCGCAAAGAACACGACAAUGCUAGGCUUCAAGCUGGAGAUAACGCCCGUAUAUACGACGAAGAUGGAGAUUUGAACAUUGUGUUUGGAGAGGAUGAUGGCAGAAUCGUGUUACCUGAUGCGGAGCCUCUCGAAGUCUUCAUGAGUGGUGCUCUACCUGCUCCUUUGACGGGCCGCGAAAAGUCGCUCUCACAGUCUGAAGAUUCGUCAUCUGAAAGUGCAGCCGCACCUUCGCGUCCUAGAAAACCUAAGACCAAGAAACAACUUCCUAUCGACCAUACGCAAGAACUCAAGAAUUCAGUUCUGUCAAUCUGGCAAAGAGAGUACGUCGAUACUCAAGACAGUCUCCGUGCAGCAAAGUUGACAGCGAAGGGAAACGCGUUGGCCAAACAAAAUGCUCUCAUGUUCGUGAUUGGAAAUGGUCUCAAUGGUGCUGGAAUUGGGAUUGGUUCAACAAAGCUUCCGGGCCCUUUGAGUAUGUUUUCGGGUGAUGCACUUCUUGCAAAGAUCACAGGGCGAGUGUUGAAUUCUUCUAAACGUCAAGCAGACUUCGAAGAGGAAUGCAAUAUUCCUAACAAGCGAUCUCACUAUUCUUCCGACGAAGAAAUUCCUCGUGGUUCCAGGGGUGACGACGAUUUUGCCAUACAAGUGGAUGACGAGCGAUUCGGUACUCCAGUCGAGGUGGAAAUGGGUAGAGAUGCAGCGGAGGGAUUAGCCGAAUAUCCAAGCAGUGCGAUGAUGCCGUGGAACUUGUCUGCCAGUCAGAGAGCUCGCUCUUCAAGUUUACGACCCGCUUCUUCGCUCAGACUCGGUAGCAGAGGAGUGUCUGCCAGUCCCUUGGUGGGAAGAGGUAACAUUUUGCCUGGUGGAGGUGAGUUGGAAAAGUUCUCUUCACAGCAGGAUGUUAUUAUGUAUGGAAGAAGUGAUGAUAUCAGUACCAAUCUGGGUGGUGAUAGUGUCGAUGGAACGAAUUUGGGAGCGUUUGAACAAUCAGUCCGGGAGUCAACUAAGGAGUUUGAAAUGUUCGGGCCCGCUGCAAAUGUGGAUACACAGACGGCAGGACAAAGCCAGUGGGCUAGAGACGUCAUGGACACAGAAAGUGAGAAUUUCCUCGAAUUUGUCCGACUAUCCAUCGCAGAGAAAUAUGACGACGAGGAAGAUCUCUUUCACGAGGAUGGUCAGUUGAGAGAUAAGAAAGUGGGAUUCGAGGAUUUGUUCAACCCGAAAACGAAUAGCGAGGUUGUAGCAGCUCAAGCGUUCUUACACAUUUUAUCUCUGGCUACCAAGGGAAAAAUCUGGGUUGAUCAAGAUGACGGUGAGAGUAUGGAUGUAGGUGGGAAUGGAUUGGGUGGGGAGAUUUGGUUGAUGUGCUUGUAA